UCAAAGUCUCCUCUUUUGCUCUCACUCGCAUUCGCUUCUAUACGUACAGCCAAUACGUAUAGUCGUCGAUCUGCGCGAAUUUGAUCGGAAAGAUGUUCGGGAGAGCGCCCAAGAAAAGCGACAACUCAAAGUACUAUGAGGUUCUAGGGGUCCCCAAGACGGCUUCGCCCGAUGAUCUCAAGAAGGCCUACAAGAAAGCAGCCAUCAAGAACCAUCCCGACAAAGGUGGAGAUCCUGAGAAGUUCAAGGAGCUUGCUCAUGCUUAUGAGGUCCUAAGUGACCCUGAGAAACGUGAAAUCUAUGACCAAUAUGGUGAAGAUGCACUGAAGGAAGGCAUGGGUGGGGGUGGUGACAUGCACGACCCAUUUGACAUCUUCUCAUCCUUCUUUGGUGGUAGCUCAUUCGGAGGUGGUGGUAGUAGCAGGGGCCGGCGGCAAAGAAGGGGAGAGGAUGUAGUACAUCCACUGAAGGUUUCUCUUGAGGAUUUGUAUCUAGGGACCAGCAAGAAGCUUUCUCUAUCACGCAAUGUUCUAUGCUCAAAGUGUAAAGGGAAGGGUUCAAAAUCUGGAGCAUCAACGACAUGCUCAGGAUGUCAAGGUAAUGGUAUGAAGGUAACGAUUAGGCAGCUUGGCCCAGGCAUGAUUCAGCAAAUGCAGCAUCCUUGCAAUCAAUGCAAAGGUACUGGGGAGACGAUAAGUGAUAGAGAUCGGUGCCCUCAAUGCAAAGGUGAGAAGGUUGUUCAGGAAAAGAAAGUCUUGGAAGUUCAUGUUGAGAAGGGCAUGCAGAACGGCCAAAAAGUCACAUUCCCCGGGGAGGCUGAUGAGGCGCCUGAUAUGGUCACUGGAGACAUAGUUUUUGUGCUUCAACAGAAGGAACAUCCUAAAUUUCAGAGGAAGGGUGAUGAUCUAUUUGUUGAGCGCACAUUGUCACUCACCGAGGCACUGUGUGGCUUCCAGUAUAUACUGACGCAUUUGGACGGCAGGCAGCUUCUUAUCAAGUCACACCCUGGAGAAGUUUUGAAGCCUGAUUCUUACAAGGCAAUCAAUGAUGAAGGGAUGCCUAUAUAUAGGAGAUCAUUCAUGAAGGGCAAACUAUAUAUUCAUUUCAAUGUUGAGUUUCCAGAUUCGUUAAGUCCCGAUCAAGUCGAGUGCCUGGCGAAAGUACUCCCACCAAAGCCUCAGUCACAGCUUACCGACAUGGAGCUGGAUGAGUGCGAGGAGACGACUCUGCAUGAUGUGAACAUUGAGGAUGAAAUGAGAAGGAAGCAGGCUCAGCGUCAGGCAGAAGCAUAUGAUGAGGAUGAGGAUAUGUAUGGUGGCGGAGCCCAGAGGGUGCAAUGUGCUCAACAGUGAUGGACUUAAGGCCUUGAGUGCUUAGCCUUAGUUGUGUGAAGCAAUAUAAUAUCCUCGGAAGGCUGACGGGUAAGUCGUUGUUUCGUCUUUUGAGGGAUUAUACCUAUGGAAAUAAUCUACUACUACUUGGUAGAUAGUUAAGGAUUAAGAGUUUUGUUAUGGACAAUCAACAUGGAUAUAUAUAUUUUUCAUAAGUUAUUGCUAA